GCUGAGAGGAAGGAAAGGAAGAAAGAGAAGUAGCUAGGUCAGAUGUGCCUCACUGUGCUGCCAGGGUGCAGGGGCUUGGCUGGAAGGAUCUAGUUUCUCUUCGGUGGCAGGAAAAGGAGCCACAGGAGAAGGCAGAGACGGACACCAGACAUGCCCGUCCCGUCAGGCUGCUGGCUCCUUUUCCUUUGCCUCGCUGCUGCUGGCAAACAGUUGUCACUAGAAAUAACUCCACCAUGUGAAAGCGAACAACACUAUGAAUACUCUGGACGGUGCUGCAAAAAGUGUGAACCAGGAAAGUAUAUGUCUGCUAGGUGCACUAGCACUUCUGAUACUGUGUGUCAGCCAUGUGGCCCAAAUGAGUAUAUGGAUGUCUGGAAUGAAGAGGAUAAAUGCUUACUACAUAAAAUAUGUGAUCAAGGGAAGGCUUUGAAAGAAGUGGCCCCAGGGAACAGCACGUCCCAGCGGCGGUGUGCUUGUACGGUGGGCUACCACUGGAGUGAGGACUGUGACUGCUGCCAGAGGAACACCAUAUGUGCUCCAGGAUUUGGAGUCAAGCACCCUGUGCAACAGGACAAGGACACGAUGUGUAUACCAUGUCCCAGAGGCUCCUUCUCAAAGGUCGCUUCAUCCACCAAUGAGUGUAAAUCCUGGACCAACUGCACAGCUCUCGGAAUGAAAGAAAUCUUGCCUGGGACAGACAAAUCGGAUGCAGUUUGUGUGGAACGGAAGGUGCCUGAGCCAUCAGAAGAUGGAACAAACAGGAUCUUAUACGUGUUGAUCCCCAUCUUGUUUUUUGUGGCACUAAUUGGCAUUGUCAUCUUCAUCAUAUACUACAAGAAUAAAGGGAAAAAGCUGACAGCAGAUCUACACAACUGGGCUAAUGAAGUGUGCAGCCAAAUAAAAAGAACUAAGGAGCCCCCCCGAGACGCAUUUGUUACCGUGAACAUCACGAAUGCUGCUGUCCCCCAGACCUCUGAAGGCAUGCAUCUCCUGGGCCCCACUGUCUCUCCUGCCCCUGGAAACUCAUGCUGCACCGGUGGUCAUGCUCCUUGCAGGAAUGGGAGCCCCAGCAGGGUGGGAGGGAGCCUCCAAGAGUUCUCUGAGGUAACUGAGACUGAUGAUGGCAGUUUUCCACCAGUUCCUACAGAAGAUGAAUACAUGGAUAAGGAUCUUGAUACAGCUCAUUAUUUGUCUUUGCUAAGUCAGAGGGCCAGUAAAACCAUGUCAUCGUUUUCAGAACCAAUGGAGGCAGGGGAGAAUGACAGCUUAAAUCAGUACUUUUCAGGGAUUGGGAGCACAGAGGAUGUGUCAGUCUCUCAAGGCUGUCACCUGUCCUCCAGUGUAGAUGGGGAACACACUGCAAUGGACAAACUUCUUCAGAAAUCUUGCCAACAUGCCCACACUUGCCUGAAAGAAAUGGGCAAGAAAGACACAGAUGGUUUUGCAACAAACUGUGACUCAGAGAAGAUCUGUGUGAGGUGUGGCAUUUCAUAUAGGGAAUCUCCCAGAAAGUGGAGCAAACCCUGUGGUGCUGUGGCUGACAACGCUUCCACCUCCCCAGAAACUGGAUCUUAUGCUCAGUGUACCUGGGGCUUGAAUUCUCUUUCUGCUGCUCAGAGCACUCUAGCAAGCGAUCACAGUAUGGAGGAUGCAUCUUCGGACAGUACCAACGUGAAGUACCAGAACACAAGCAGAAGCACUUCAGGAACAAACAGCACCACUUCAGACCUCCCUCCAGCAUCUGGAAAUGUGACUGGAAACAGUAACUCCACCUUUAUCUCAAGUGGACAAGUAAUGAAUUUUAAGGGCGACAUCAUUGUCGUUUACCUUAGCCAAAACUCCCAGGAGGGGGCAAUGGCCUCAGGGCCAAGUGAAGAAAACGUGGGCAGCCCUGUGCAGGAGGAAAACCUCAGCCGAUGUGAGACUUUUGCCGGCAACGCCCAGCACUACAAGGAGAAAUGUGCAGAGCUGCAAGGCACCUCCCUGGUGGCAGGGAGUGAGGGGCUGCGGCGGCCUGCUGGACUCCUGGCCCAGGAGCGGGGCCCAUCCUGCUGCAGCCAGGCCUCCCAGCCCGUGCAGGAGGAGGGGAAGCUGGGACACUACUCAGAGAAAGUGUUGAACUGAGGCGAGCCAAUGCUCUUGCUGUGGGCCAAGGCACUGACCAACAGCCUGCGAGGGGGCGUGAGGCUGCUCCCCUGGGGCUGCCACAAUCCUGGGUAUCACUACAGAUUCAGAGACUACUACUGCCCAUGGUGUCUCCUGGGAAACUUUACAGCUGGAAGGGACCCUUGUGGCUCACGUGGUGGUGGUGGUGCUCUUAUUGAGAAGGUCACCAGUGGGAACAGGUGCACAUAUGAAGCUGGGCACACUGCCCCCAGUGCAGAAGCAGCAGCAGGGCUGGCUUCUCUCCCAACUGGGGCAGCACUCUCACUGCCCACCACCCCCUACUGCCUUGCAUCUCUUUCCAGCAAGCAGUGAAGAAGAG